GAUGUGGUGUGUAGCACUACUUUAUCAGAACGCACGGUCUGCAGUUUCAGCCAGUUAGGACUGAUAUCCCCUCCAAAGCACAGACAAGCAAUGCAGCUCUUCAUGGUGUUUGCCUGUCUGUUCUUGGUGAUACCAGCAGCCGUUUCUGCUCAGAGUGACUACAGCGUGGCCUGUUAUGUGGACGCAUCCACGCAGCGCCUGUUCCACCACAUCAGCCCCUCCAUUUGCACCCAUGUUAUCUCCUCCUCUGCUUACCUCGGUGAUGACUCCAGCUUCAAAACCACGUCCCAGGAUAGAGAUACUGGUUGCACCUCACUGAAAACAGUAAAAGAGAGGAACCCAUCUCUGAAGACUUUGCUUGGUGUGGAGGUCAAACAGUCAAGGUUAGAGAUACUGACCCAAAAUCAGGCUAAUCUGGAUAACUUCAUUGAAUCCACACUGAAGUAUCUGAAGGAGAAAAAUUACUACGACGGAAUAGAGGUGACAUGGGUGGAGAACACUGCUUCUGAUGAACCUCUCAAGACCACAGAGACUCUAAGAAGUUUACUUAAGGAACUGAAGGGAUGGAUUGAAGAAGAUGCUGACCUCUAUAACAAGUCUGUACUUGUUUCUGUGACUCUUCCGGACCUCAGUGACCAAAUUAGCACCCACAAUGGUGCAGAAACACUGUCACAGUAUGUGGACUUUAUCUCCGUGCUGCCAGCUAGCCUUAAGGAUGAGCCACAAAUGGAGAGGGCAGUCAAGUACUGGCAGGAGCAAGGGGUGGAAUCCAAAAAGCUUAUCUUGGCUCUGCCUGCAUUCUUACGGCGGUCUCGAAGAAGAGAGCAUGGGAGACGUCCAGAGACUAUAGAUCUAAAUCCAGAGAAGGUGGAGCAGCCCUAUGGUCCUGGGCUGAUGAUUGCCAAGCAGGUCUGCCAGGCCAUUAAGAGUGGACAAACCGAGUUAAAGACUAUAACAAAACUUGAGAGUGCUCAAACCCUUAGAGAAGAGGUGUCUUGGCUGCUGCAGAAGGGGUUUGGUGGUGUUGGAGUUGUCAUGUUAGAUAUUGGCAAUUUCAUUAACUCCAUAUGCCUCAACUGCACUGAGAGUGAAAAUGUGAUUCUUGAGUCCAAGGUGAUUCCUCAUCAUCCUCACUCUCACAGUCAUGGUCCCCGCUUCGGUCAUGGCCAUCAUCAUGGUCACCAUCAUCAUCAUGAUCAAGAUGGCAGAGCAUCUCACAGCCCUGUGCAAUCUAGCCAGGAUGACCACUCAUUUGACAGCAAUGAUACUGGUCAUCGUCGUGGACCCCACCGCCAUGGUCACUGUCAAUAUGGACAUUGUCACCAUGGCCACUUUCACCAUGGUCGUGGUCACCAUGGUCGUGGUCAGCAUGGAGACCGUGGGCACGAAGGCCGUUCUCAUCACGAUCAUCACUCAUCAGCUUAGAGUUAAACAAAUGAAAAGUAUGCUAUGGUAUAUUAUGGCCAGUGCCACUUUGUUAAUUUUGCUCAAAAAUCACCACCUGAAUGUGAUGAUUAAAAGAAUGAGAACAGCAAUUCGUCCCGGUAAUAAGAAAACUUCUUAACUACACAGAGACAAUUAGCUACAUUUUGCUUAUCAUGCUAAUAACAUUGUCUGUUCAUGCUUACACAAAACAUCUACUAUUCCUUUGUAGUGCAGAUAUAAGUUUGUUUGUAUUUUCAGAUUGCUUAAUGAUGAAUCAAUACUGUGUUGUAAAAUAAAAUAUGGCUAAGACUG